AUGUCACUGUCUUCCGCCGAUAUGCUUGAAACUCCACCUGGAUAUCCCUUUGAAGAAAUAGAUUAUGUGGAUAUUGAAGUUGAGGAGGUAAGUAGCUAAAUAGCUCAACAUUCCAUUUGAUUGGCACGUGUGGAGUGAUCCUCUUAUGUUAGUGUCAUGACCAUAGACAUUAAGACCAAGUCAUGACGCUGAAGUUGCAACAAUGCUUUAUCUCAAUUGUCAUACUAGCUAGCUCUACCAUGCAAGGAAUGUUUGUUUAUUCUGGUUUUGAAAAGCUUGGUAAUUAAACAUGGCCAUUAGUUAUGUCACUAUAGCUAUACCAUUCAUCAAUGAUUUUGCCCAAGCCAUAGACAUGAUGGAGAAUGGUCAGUUAGCUAGCUAGCUAUGAUCCAAAUCUAUUUGGCAAUUCUUGUUUUGAUUAUGUAGCUAGUUAGUUGCAGUUCCCCACAUUGACAUAUACCCCUCUCCAUCAGCUGAUGUUGACUGCACACAGACUGUGAUUGAUAUGCUUUAUUGUGUAAUGGAACUUGCUCACAAAAAAUAACAACAGUGUUAGCUAGGCCUAAUAUAUCCUGGUGGAAAGUGGAUUUAGUAGUGUCAUGAUAAUAAGGGAUUAAUAACAAUGCAUCCAACACACUUUGCUUAUGUCUUCUACCUCUUCUCUUUCAGGUUGUGGGGAGAGGCGCUUUUGGUGUUGUCUGCAAGGCCAAAUGGAAAGGCAAAGAUGUCGCAAUCAAGACAAUAGAGAGUGAAAGUGAAAGGAAAGCAUUCAUAGUUGAGGUACUGUCAUUAUAAUGGACUAUAGAGCUAUUCUGCAAAGUGGUGACAAUGCAGUUUAUUACAACUAAAGGAACCCCAUCUUGAUUGUGUUGCCUUCUCUCCCCUCCCUAGUUGCGGCAGCUUUCACGUGUGAAUCACCCCAACAUUGUGAAGUUGUAUGGCUCAUGCAAUAAUCCAGUAAGUCAGCUUUUAAACACUCCCAUAUUUCAGUGUGUUAUAGCCUAUGGUUUUGCCAGUUGUUGUUGUAAAUACCUUGGAACAGUACGUUGUUAGCCUUUUGUUAUUCUUGCCUAAUGCUAAUUUUCCCAUCUAGGUCUGCCUGGUGAUGGAAUAUGCUGAAGGGGGGUCUCUGUACAAUGGUGAGUCUCUGGGCGAUUAUGUAGGAUACUACACUACCACACUAGACUUGGCCAUUGACAUGGCUUGUAAAUUAGUUCAACACAUGCCUUGUCAUACCAAACAAGUGGAAAUAUUGCAGUCAAUGUGUCAAUGACUCCAAUACCCACAUGCAAACUGUUCUCUUAAUAAGCCCAAUAUUGGCAUGAUUCCUUAAAUAGCCCACUAUUAAAUUGGCCAGUCCUUGCGCAGUGACCUGCAAGUGGAGUAUCACAUAUUUAGGAAGUGUAAAUGGCCCUUUACCUGCACAAGCACUUUACCUCAUUGUCUGCUGUUAUCCCUCUGAAUCUCUAUCAAAGUAAUAUUUUAGGUUCGUUAAAGUUGACGUUCUUAGUUGUGGUCGUCAAAACUUUGUUGAAUACUUGGAACUAUAACUUUGAUGUUAUUCAGUGGUUAUUUGCGUAUUUGAAUGAUGUAUGCCUACCCUCUUGGAACUCUUUGUCUGACAUGUCUGUAAGAGUGUGUUCUGUUCAGUGGUGUUAAGCACUUAAGUAAAAAUACUUUAAAGUACUACAUAAGCAGUUUUUUGGGGUAUCUGUACUUUACUUUACUAUUUAUAUUUUUGGCAAGUUUUACUUUUACUCCACUACAUUCCUAAAGAAAAUAAUGUACUUUUUACUCCAUACAUUUUCCCUGACAUCCAAAAGUACUCGUUACAUUUCAAAUGCUUAACAGGACUUGACAAUGGUCCAAUUCACGCACUUAUCAAGAGAACAUUCCUGGUCAUCCUACUGCCUCUGAUCUGGUGGACUCACUAAACACAAAUGCUUUGUUUGUAAAUGAUGUCUGAGUGUUGGAUUGUGCCCCUGGCUAUCCAUAUGGUUUGCUUAAUAUAAGGAAUUUGAAAUUAUUUAUACUUUCUGUUUUUACACUGCUGCUACUUGCUGUUUAUUUUCUGUGCAUAGUCACUUUACCCCUAUCUACAUAUACAAAUUACCUUGACUAACCUGUACCCCCGCACAUUGACUCGGUACCGAUACCCACUGUAUAUAACCUUGUUAUUGUUAUUUUAUUGUGUUACUUUUUAUUUUAUUUUUUACUUAAUUUAUUUAGCAAAUAUUUUCUUAACUCUAUUUCUUGAACUGCAUUGUUGGUUAAGGGCUUGUAAGUAAGCAUUUCUUACCUGUUGUAUUUGGCGCAUGUGACAAAUGCAAUUUUAUUAGAUUUAUUUUUACUUAAGUAUAUUUUAGCAAUUACAUUUACUUUUGAUACUGAUGUAUAUUUAAAACCAAUACUUUUAGACUUUUACUCAAGUAGUAUUUUAUUGUGUGACUUUUACUUGAGUCAUUUUCUAUUAAGGUAUCUUUACUUUUACACAAGUAUGACACUUGGGGACUUUUUCCACCACUGGUUCCGUGCAUGAGUGUUUGCAUUGGUCUCGAGGUCUCUAUGGAGAUAUGUGUGUUCUGUGUUUAUUUGGAGAUGUCUGUGGUAGUGACUGUGUUCUCUGUCCACAGUGCUGCAUGGUGCUGAACCCCUCCCCUAUUACACUGCCUCCCAUGCCAUGAGCUGGUGUUUUCAGUGUUCCCAAGGGGUCGCCUAUCUCCAUGGCAUGAAACCAAAGGCUCUCAUUCACAGGGACCUCAAACCACCCAAGUAUGCUCCUCCUCCCCACCUCCUCACUCUCUCUUGUCUGUUUCACUGCCCAUAAAGUGCCUUGCUCCCCCACUCAAGGUGGUUGUGUGUUGUAGCCUAUGUUAUAUUAUGCAAUAGCGUUAAAUGCUUUAUCUGACUUUUUGAACCAAAAGAGCAUAGCUUUUGUCAUCCUCUAGUCCUCUGGUGUAAUAGUCCUAUGUUUGUGAUCUGGCUUCAGUAGUGAUGCCUUAAGUGUUUUCAUAGUAUGCCUCUGACUGAAUUGCUUAGAGUAGCUGUACCGGCUCCAGAGGUUAUUUAUUGGGCUCCGACGGGAAAAAGUCCCUGGCAGAGGCAGGGCACUGUUGGAAUGACCAGCUGGUCAAUUUCCUACAAACCUGUCCAGAAUUUACACCCUGGGAAGAACUGGGUCACGCUUGCCAACCACUGGCUGAACUUACAGGCUACGUCCCAAAUGGCACCCUAUUCCCUAUAUAGCACACUACUUUUGACCAGGGCUCAUAUGUAGUUAAUAGGGUGCUAUUUGGGACGCUACCACAGAAUGCUGUUUUAAAACCUGCCACCUAACCUUCACAUCCUUUGUGUGACACAGUGGUUGUAGAGUUAUUUUCUGUAGUGGAUUUGACUUACCCUUGUAUAUUUAAAAGCAAGAAUCUUACUUGCUACAUUUUACUUUUUCAGGGUUUUUAUGAUUAGAAAUGUUUGCCUUGAAUCUAAAGUGGAUUUAUUAAGUGUUUAACCCAGUAAGACCUCAGCAGCCUCUAUUAGUUACCCUCACGUAGUCUCACACGUCACCAACCACUGAAGUUCACGUCAUUUGAGUAGAUCUUUGUUUUAAUUGUUUGUUUCAGCCUGCUCCUUGUUGCCGGUGGCACCGUGCUGAAGAUAUGUGACUUUGGAACCGCGUGCGACAUUCAGACCCACAUGACCAACAACAAGGGAAGUGCAGCUUGGAUGGCCCCUGAGGUGUUUGAAGGCAAGUGUGAGCUGCAUGGGGAGCUUAAUAUAUCAAAUCAACCUCUGAGAACAAGGGGCUAUCUAAACAGGUGUAGCCUUUCACGAAUCCAUUCACCUAGAGUUAAUUGAUAGUCAGUGUUUGAUGAAGUGAUACUACUGUUUAUAGUAGAGCUUAUGUCUAGUGGUGGAAGUGCUCAUUAAUUGUAAUAGUUCUCCACUUUGGAUUUGUCACUCACUUGCUCACUGGAAGGCACCGCAAACACAUAGACGCCAUCAUUUCUCAAAGCCUGAUUAAUCCAACAUUUGUUAGCAUUCUCUUCAUUUACAGUCAUGAUUAUUGCACACAUGCUUUUAGAAGGUGAAUGCAGUGUUUCAUUGUAAACGUAAACGACUAAUUAGAAAAGAUAAUGGAGCUAUAUAUUUUUAAAUAAAAUCAUCUUUGAGAACUACCAAAAUAAAAACUAGACAGUCAGGGAGCAUCUAAAAUUCUAAAAAUGUCAUGGCAUGGAGCCCCCAUUGAUAUUGUUACGUUUGAGUCACUCGAUAGCAAAAGAACACUGCAAAAGCCAUGGCAAAAUGUGUAGAAUUGCAGGAAAUUAGCAUUUAAACAGCAACAUGUUGUCUCUACACUAACUUUGCCACUGCUGCUGAAAAAUAUCCUAGGAGAAAGGUUUCAUCCCUGAGAGAAUGUAGCAUUUGAGUCUAUGCUCUCAGGCGUUAGCCUAAUGUACUUUGUUUUACAAAACACAUUAAGAGGUGGGCAGGAGGAAACACAAAUGAGAUAGUCAUUAUCUUGUUUGUUGAGGGAGUAACAUGACUCCCAUGCAAUUAAACAGCUCACAUUUGCCCCCAGAAUGUCCUCCUUAAAGCUAAUUUGCAUCACAGGGAGAAAUGUUAUCAAAAGGCCUAGGCAGCACAUCAACUUUAAGGCUGAGUCCCAAAUGAUACUAUUCCUUAUAUAGUGCACUACUUUUGUCCAGAGCCCUGGUCAAAGAUAGUGCACUAAAUAGGGAAUAAAAUGCCAUUUGGGAGACAGCCCAUAACAUAUGUGUGAAGAGCAGUUUAAUUCCGCAAUAAUAGCCACAGUAAUUAUGCAUCUCGAGCGGCCCUGAAGUAAAAUUGCCUCCUUAUUUUCAUCACAUUUGUGGUCUAAAGGUGCAAACAAAAUAAAGGCUUCCUGUACUUUACCAUGAACACCCCCUCCCCCAACACUCCUCACUUAACUGUGCCUCAGAGAAUUACCUUUCAUCAGUCAAGCACAUUGUUUUUUCCUCAUCUGAAAGGCCCUGAGUGGAGCUCUUUCUCUCCUCUGUGCAUUCAGGCAGCAAUUACAGUGAGAAGUGUGAUGUGUUCAGCUGGGGCAUCAUUCUCUGGGAGGUGAUCACGCGCAGGAAGCCCUUUGACGAGAUCGGAGGGCCGGCCUUCCGCAUCAUGUGGGCCGUGCACAACGGUGAGUCCGAGUGGGGUGGAGGUUGGGGAGGUGAAUUAGUUCAUGGUGGUGCUGACAUGUCAAUCACCCUAGCGUUUCAGAGCCAGGUCCCCAGUGAGACCUGCUGAGAGAUGAAAUGAGUUACGAGGCUGACGGUGAAGAUCAAUUAAAAGACAAACUCGCCUGUGAGGUGCUCCCCGUGGUUACCACAGAAUGCUAACGGAACGCUGACUGUCUGAGAGCAGGAGCACACCUGGGGACACUGCUGCUGCGCUGGUCUCUCUGACACGUUAGCAGAGCCACCACAGCAGGGGCUGUCAUUUGCAAGUGUUGUUCGUGUUUGUACUGCAAUUAACUUUCUGGAACGUCGUCAUGUUUUUAACAUAUUUGAGUUUAUAUGAUCUUUCCAUACAUUUUACUGUGACUGUGACUGUUUGUGAUUGUGUUUGUAUUCAUAGAGAUUAAUAUUGAUCUAAUGUAGCCAUCUCUGUUUGUGUUGAUGGUGUUCAGGCACCCGGCCACCGCUCAUCAAGAGCCUUCCCAAGCCCAUCGAGAGCCUGAUGACCCGCUGCUGGUCCAAAGACCCCUCCCAGAGGCCCUCCAUGGAGGAGAUAGUCAAGAUCAUGACCCAUCUUAUGAGGGUAAGGCCCUCCUAGACACACACACGCACUCCUAGAGAUUCAUUAAAUGAAAGAUUGCCUUACCAAGAUGGCCGUCCUGCAGUUAUUGACCACCACAAUGUCCAUUCCAGUGUUCUUUUUAAUUCUAUGCCGACACCAACCCUGGAUGCAUGCAGGACUCUUUUCAUGGUGUCCUGUUCUCAGACUGCUUACCUACCGGUCAGUGUUGGUAAUGGCACUCUUACAUUCUCUGUCAACCUCUUUUCCAGUGCUUCCCAGGAUCUGAUGAACCCUUGCAAUACCCUUACCAGUAUUCAGAUGAAGGACAGAGUAACUCGGCCACGAGCACAGGUAUUUUACUGAGGAAUGUUGUUUUUCAUGAUUGUGUUAUGGAUUUUUCUUGAUGCAUUUGUGAUGCUCCUAUGCUGCUGAUUGUGUUAUUGUUGUGUAAUUGUUGAGAUGCAGGGCUCCCUUGCAAAAGAGACCUUGGUCUCAAUGGGACUCCCUGCUAAAAUAAAGGUUAAAUAAAUAAAUAGAAAUCUAUAUCCUUGAAAUAAUGGAAGCUUUUAUUAUCUGCACUAGAGUUUUACCUUCAUGAAACAUCAUUGACGUAAUGUGGAAAUAUCUCCAUUGUCUCAUCACCUCUCUAUUGGUAUUAUAGGUUCCUAUGUGGACAACACUUGCACUAGCAACAAGAGUGACACAAACAUGGAGCAUGGGGAUUCUCAAGGGAGCAACGACACCAUCAAGAUCACACCUCAGUUUGCACAUCAGUUCAGGCCAAAGGUAAGGCAGCAAGCUGUAUUGUACCUUGCUAGCCAUUUCUACCACAACAAUUAAACUGGAACAAUUUACAUUGUCAGGUGACUAGAAAGAAAAGGUAGACACAUUUAAGGCAAUUACAUUUGUGUGGAUAUAAACAGCCUCGUAUGAAAGUAAUCAUGGCCAUUUUGAAGUAAUCAUCAGUACACGAAAUAUAAUUUGGUGACCUAAGUGAAUAAGUAGUGAAAUGUACAGUAGGCCAACAGUAUCUGUUUUGUCUGUGCACUCAGGGAGACCCAUCGCGAAGCCUGCCUCUGUCCAGAGGCGGCAGUGUUGAGAGCCUGUCGGGGCGAACCCACAGCCUGCUGUCCUCGGAGAGCAAAAGAAUGAGCGCAGACCUGUCAGAGCUGGAGCACAGGGUGCCUUUCGCACCCGCAGGUAACGUUGGAAUCUACACCCCGCAAUGGAUUAUGCAAGAGGACAAGUAUAGGCCUACAUAUUUUCUAAACACACCCACACACUGCUGUACAGUAUGGAGAUCAGUGUUGCGGGUAACAAUAUAACUUUUUGCGGUAAUUAUUAAUUUAACAGAGUUACUGUUCCAAUUUGACUAAUAAUAUUAGUUACUGAUCAAAGGAAUGGGGCAUUACUAUUGUUAUCAUUCCCUUCCUAUUACACUUAUUGAUCCUAAUAAAUAUUAAUGAUUAUUAUUUCCUCUCUUGGCGCAAUAUAAAAAAUCCCCCCGCCCCAGAUUGUAUUUGUUUCUAAUUAAUUUGUCUUCUCACCAAGUUCCUGUUUACGCACACACUUUUAAUAACUGUUUUAGUGAGGGAGAUGAAAAAAGCAACUGGUUUUAUUUGGCCCCCCCCCAAGUUUUCUGAGCAAAAUAAAAAAUAGAUUCCACAUUUUGUUGUGUUGCAGCCUGAUUUCAAAAUGGAUUAAACAGAUUUUUGCACACUACCCCAUAAUGACAAAGUGAAAACAUGUUUUUAGAAUGUUCACAUUUUUGCUAAUUAAAUACUGAAAUAUCAAAUUUACAUACUGUAAGUAUUCACACCCCUGAGUCAAUACUUUGUAGAAUCACCUUUGGCGGCGAUUACAGCUUUGAGUCGUUUUGAGUAUGUCUAUCAGCUUUGCACAUCUGGAUUUGGGGAUUUUCUUCCUUGCAGAUUUUCUCAAGCGCUGUUAAAUUAGAUGGUGAGGGGCGGUGAACAGCAAUCUUCACGUCUUUCCACAGUUUUUCAAUGGGAUUCAAGUCUGGGCUUUGGCUGGGCCACUCAAGGACUUUCACAUUCUUGUUCUGAAACCAUUCCAGCGUUGCUUUGGCUGAAUGCUUGGGGUCAUUGUCCUGUUGAAACGUAAAUCUUCGCCCGAGUCUAAGAUUGUUUGCACUCUGAAGCAGGUUCUCAUCAAGGAUUUGCCUGUAUAUGGCUCCAGUCUCCCAGUCCCUGCUGCUGAAAAGCAUCCCCAUAGCAUGAUGCUGCCACCACCAUGCUUCAAGGUAGGGAUGGUGUUAGAUGGGUGAUGAGCUGUGCCUGGUUUUCUCCAGACAUAGUGCUUUGCAUUCAGGCCAAAUAGUACAUUUUUGUCUCAUCAGACCACAUUUAUAUUUUGCCUUAUGCUCCGAGUCUUUCACGUGCCUUUUUGCAUACUCCAGGCGUGCUGUCAUGUGCCUUUUUCUCAGCAAUGGCUUCCGUCUGGCCACUCUCCCAUAAAGCCUAGAUUGGUGAAGUGCUGAAGAGACUGUUGUCCUUCUGGCAUGUUCUCCCAUCUCAGCCAAGGAACUCGGUAGUUCUGUCAGUGGUCAUUGGGUUCUUGGUCACCUCCCUGACCAAUGUCCUCCUAGCCUGGUUGCUCAGUUUGGUCAGACGGCCAGCUCUAGGCAGAGUCUGGGUAGUUUGAUAUUUUUUCCAUUUCCCAAUGAGCACUGUGCUCUUGGAAACUUUCAACACUCUAGAAAUAGUUGUAUACCCCUACCCAGAUAUAUGCCUCGUCACAAUUCUAUCUCAAUGUCAACGGACAGUUCCUUGGACUUCAUGGUAUAGUUUCUGCUCUGACACUGUCAACUGUGGGACCUUAUCUAGACAGGUGUGUUUCUUUCUAAAUCAUGUCCAAAUAAUUGAAUUGGCCACAGGUGGACUCCAAUUAAGUUCUAGUGACAUCUCAAGGAUGAUCAAAGGAUAUUGGAUGCACCUCAGCUCAAUUUGGAGUGUUAUAGCAAAGGGGUGUGAAUACUUACAUAAGUGAGAGAAUUCAGUAUUUAUUUUCAAUACAUUUGCAAAAAUGUUGAAAACAUAUUUUCCCCUUGUCAUUAUGCGGUAUUGUGUGUAGAUGGGUCAGAAAAAAAUCUUGAAUUCAGGCUGUAACACAACAAUGUGGAAAAAGUCAAGGGGUAUGAAUACUUUCUGAAGGCACAUGUAUGUAUGUAUGUAUGUAUGUAUGUAUGUAUGUAUGUAUGUAUGUAUGUACAAUUGAAGUCGGAAGUUUACAUACACUUAGGUUGGAGUCAUUAAAACUCAUUUUUCAAUCACUCCACAAAUUUCUUGUUAACAAACUAUAGUUUUGGCAAGUCGGUUAGGACAUCUACUUUGCAUGACACAAGUUAUUUUUCCAACAAUUGUUUACAGACAGAUUAUUUCACUUAUAAUUCACUGUAUCACAAUUCCAGUGGGUCAGAAGUUUACAUAUACUAAGUUCACUGCCUUUAAGCAGCGUGGAAAAUUCCAGAAAAUGAUGUCAUGGCUUUAGAAGCUUCUGAUAGGCUAAUUGACGUCAUUUGAGUCAAUUGGAGGUGUACCUGUGGAUGUAUUUCAAGGCCUACCUUCAAACUCAGUGCUUCUUUGCUUGACGUCAUGGGAAAAUCAAAAGAAAUCAGCCAAGACCUCAGAAAAAAAUUGUAGACCUCCAAGUCUGGUUCAUCCUUGGGAGCAAUUUCCAAACGCCUGAAGGUACUACAUUCAUCUGUACAAACAAUAGUAUGCAAGUAUAAACACCAUGGGACCACGCAGCCAUCAUACCGCUCAGGAAGGAGACGCGUUCUGUUUCCUAGAGAUUAACUUACUUUAGUGUGAAAAGUGCAAAUAAAUCCCAGAACAACAGCAAAGGACCUUGUGAAGAUGCUGGAGGAAACAGGUACAGAAGUAUCUAUAUCCACAGUAAAACGAGUCCUAUAUCGACAUAACCUGAAAGACCGCUCAGAAGGAAGAAGCCACUGCUCCAAAACCGCCAUAAAAAAAGCCACACUACGGUUUGCAACUACACAUGGGGACAAAGAUCGUAAUUUUUGGAGAAAUGUCCUCUGGUCUGAUGAAACAAAAACUGUUUGGCCAUAAUGACCAUCUUUAUGUUUGGAGGAAAAAGGGGGACGCUUGCAAGCCGAAGAACACCAUCCCAACCGUGAAGCACGGGGGUGGCAGCAUCAUGCUGUGGGGAUGCUUUGCUGCAGGAGGGACUGGUGCACUUCACAAAAUAGAUGGCAUCAUGAGGAAGGAAAAUUAUGUGGAUAUAUUGAAGCAACAUCUCAAGACAUCAGUCAGGAAGUUAAAGCUGGGUUGUAAAUGGGUCUUCCAAAUGGACAAUGACCCCAAACAUACUUCCAAAGUUGUGGCAAAAUGGCUUAAGGACAACAAAGUCAAGGUAUUGGAGUGGCCAUCACAAAGCCCUGCUCAAUCCUAUAGAAAAUGUGUGGGCAGAACUGAAAAAGCGUGUGCGAGCAAGGAGGCCUACAAACCUGACUCAGUUACCCCAGCUCUGUCAGGAGGAAUGGGCCAAAAUUCACCCAACUUAUUGUGGGAAGCUUGUGGAAGGCUACCCGAAACGUUUGACCCAAGUUAAACAAUUUUUAAAGGCAACACUACCAAAUACUAAUUGAGUGUAUGUAAACUUCUGACCCACUAGGAAUGUGAUGAAAGAAAUAAAACCUGAAAUAAAUCAUUCUCUCUACUAUUAUUCUGACAUUUCACAUUCUUAAAAUAAAGUGGUGAUCAUAACUGACCUAAGACAUGGAAUUUUUACUAGGAUUAAAUGUCAGGAAUUGUGAAAAACUGAGUGUAAAUGUAUUUGGCUAAGGUGUAUGUAAACUUCCGACUUCAACUGUAUUUAACCCCCUGAGUCAAUACAUGGUAGAAUCACCUUUGGCAGUGAUUACAGCUGUACAGUGGGGUAUAAUGCAACGUUUUGGGGGUAUAAUGCAAAAGUAAUAUAACAAGUAGUGUAACUAAUUACUUUUCCCAGGGAGUAAUAAGGCAAGUAAUUUGUUAUUGUUAAAAUAAGUAAUAGGUAAUAUAUUACUUUUUGAGUAACGACCCCAACACUGAUGGAGAGACAAAUUCUGUCACAUUGAAGUAGGCCUAGCCAACGCUAUAGUCCUCAGAGAUGCACAUAUGAAUAUGCAAAUGUUUUGCAUAAACUGCCCAUGGCGUUCUAUUGGAGAUACAUACAUACAUACAUACAUACAUACAUACAUACAUACAUACAGUAAUCUUACGUCAGCUACUGAAGUGGGUUUCAUCCCAAUACAAGAGAUGGAGAAAGGCGUCUAUGCCAUUAGUAGCUUCUAUCAUGUCUCCCUCUCCGUCAAACUGCAUGCCUCACCCCUCAUAAGCGCCUCCAUAUGCCCCUCAGCACUGGUGCCAAUCAUCUCCCCUGCCUCACACAGAUCGAAGGCUGAGAGAAUGCCUUGUAUUCAUCAUCAGCCCUGUCAUGUCUAAAUUAAGCUUCGGAGGCAGCCAAAUACUGUUUGGCAUGAAAAAGCUAUAAUUAAGUCUCUAUUUGUCAGGGUUUUUCCCUCAGUCUUUCUUUCCAGCUUACUUUGAGACUGUUUUUGCGAUAUCAAUUAUUUUAAACUUUCCAUGUUGUCAAUGGUAUAUUAUAUGAAUAUGAAUAAUGUAUUUAGCUUUUAAUCUGUAUAUCCUCAGUGCUCUUCAAUAGUUAAUUAUGCUGUAGUUACUGUAUAUUACAAUCUUCAGAGCCAUCUAUAUGAUUUGAUCAUCUAUUCUAAGUAGAUUCAUCAUAGAUAUUCUAUUAGUACGAGUGUCUGCUAAAUGACUAAAAAUGUAAAUGUAGUACAGUCAAACUGCUUUCUACAUGUAGCUGAAUGCCUGUCAUGUCUGUGCUGAAGCUUCCCAUGCCGUGCCUAACGCAGCAUCGCUAGCACUGUGCUGUCAAUCAACUAACCUCAGGACAGAUGCUUCCUGUGCAAUGUGCAUGUACUUUUGUGCUCUGCAUGCCAGUAGAGUCCAGAGGGGAGCAAGGAGGAGAGGGCACUGUCCGACAUGUAUGCUCCAGCUCUGGGCCCUCUCUCUUUGUCUGCAUGCAUGUGUACGCCAGCUGUGUGUGUAUGUGUAUUUGUUGCAGCACGUCCCCAGUAUAAACGAGGCCACCGUAAAACGGCGUCAUUUGGCACCAUUCUGGACGUUCCCAAGAUCGUCGUCACAGGUACCAGUGCGGACCACCAGGCUACCUGGUGCCCUGGGUGUAGCUGGCUUGACUGAACUGAUUCACCGUGUUCCUCUGUGUACUCUGGGCUCUAACACUGCUGGGCCUGUAGUGUCUGUUACUCCAGUUAUCACAGGCUACAGGGGCCACUGGCCGAACACCUUAUACUUUGUCUCUGCAUUUUCCAUUUGAAUUAAAAUAUGGGGAUAUUACAAAAAUAAAAUAUUCCCCUGUAAUAAGAACAUCACCAAUGAUGCCCCAAUCUAGUAAUUAUUUUAUGAAUGAUGAUUAACCUGGAGUAACACAGAGUUCUCUUUCCUCUUGUCUUUUGUGGUUUUGAUAAGAUGUUAAAAGGGGCAUGAGUUAACAUGGUGGCGGUCUUAUCGGGGUUUCACCCUCUAGCCACAAGAUGCUGAUGGAGCCAUUUAAAUUCACAUAGGUCCGUCUUUUAAUCUAUUUAUCUAAUCCAGAAACAUGGAUGAAUCCAGACUUGAGUUAGCCUGGUGCAAAAAUUAUAGAAUAGACUCUUGAUUUAGGGGCACAGACCGGUUAUCUAAUCAGCAUAUUUGCCAUCAGAGGGGGAAAUUGAUGUGAUAAGAUGCAUAACUCAUGUCCCUGUUUGUCUCUCAGAUGUCGUUCUGGCUUUACUGCAUACUGCAGGCAGGGAGGGAGUAAAUCAGUUGGCUUGGUUGCUCGGUCUAGAGUUGAGCUCCCCUCAGCUCGUCCUUGUCUUUCAUGCAUAGAGGACGUCUGUUAAAAGCUCUGCAAAUAUUUUUACAUCCAUUAACUUUGUAAAAGUCAUUUUGAUUAAUUUCCCUCACAUUGUGGGUCACACAGCUAUUAUUACCAUCCGAGAUAGGGAUGAACGAAUUGGGGACAGCAGCACUGGAUAUCACACAAAAAAUGCCUUUCUAUUUAGGAAGUAGGAGCUGUAUGAGACGUUGAAUGAGUAGUUAAUUAAACAGAGUGACUAAGGGAGAGGGCUGACGUAAGGGGAUAUUAAAGGUAUGACAGGGUUGUUAUCACUGUAUGUGGCACACCUGGAUGUCACUCAUUCCUACAGUUAAUUUGACACCAGUCUCAAUUUAGUAGCUCAAUUAGUACGAAGCGUUACUCGAUUUUUAGAAGUUCCGGAUUGGCAUUCUAAUUCAAAUGUCUUCAGUUUUGUAUUGUACUAAGGUGGUUCUUAAAAUGGCUAUGCUCGCAAAGUAUUAUUUUUUUUACAGACAAAACAACAAUCACACAAUAACAGGACCUUAUUCUGAUGUAUAGGCCUUACGCUUUGAACACACCGACUGCGUCAUUGCGCAAAAUAAUAUGCAGCAUCAUCUAGAUAUGUGUGCAGCAAAAGUUAAACAUUCACCUUCUGCUACCAUUUCUGUCAACCUGUUUACGCAUACAGUUUGACGCAUACGUUCGAUAAAUCCAACGUAUGCACCACACAGAACGCACUGCAACUGCCUCUGCAACACAAUGCCGCAAGGCAAACGCAUCGUUCCAUUGGAAAUGAAUGUACUUCUGGUAUACCAAAACGCAAUGACGCAGUCGGUGUGUUCAAAGCGUUAGAGCAACAAUCACUGCAGUGACAGAUGAGCAUACGUCUCAAUCCAACGUUCAGUGUAUUGUUUAUUUGUUUGUUUCUGUGUGUGUCUGCCGGUGUGUAGUGUGUCUAUUGGUUAAAACGUGUUGUGCUAUAGAUAUAUCCUACUUUGGAGAGGUAAAGUUAAAAUGAUUAGACCAGUACUUAGACCUACUGUACCAGAAAGGGCCCCAUCCCUGUUCCCUAUAGUGCCACGUUUUACAAACCUUCUAUAUUCCAGGUUGCAUAUCAUGAUUUUUAUAUAAAAAAUAACUACUUCAGUUUUUUCAUAUUGCAAUGUCACGUUUCUAGCAACUGACUUCAAUUGUCCCAAAUGUAAUAUUACCAUUAAUGGUUUCCAUUAAUAUGUCCCACAUUGCAGUAGUUCAAAUGUUAUUGUAUGGGUCUCUAAGAUUGACAGCAAGGACUGCGGAGGGUAAAAAGACCACAAUGCUCACAUUGCCAGAUUAUUCCAAAAGUAAAACGUGACUCUGAAGACAUUGUUCAAAGUUCUCCAGCAGAGAUGGAACUAAUAAUAUCUUGAACUGCCAGAUGGCUGGAAUUUCUCCUGUUAUUCUGAAGAUGCCAGGCAGGUCAGAGGCAACCUCAGGUUUACCUUGGCUGGGGAAUAAUGAGGAAGACUGGAGGACAGGGCCUGCUAGUCUUGUCUGAGGCCCUUCAAUGUGCUUUGAGCCCUGAAAUAGCCUAGUUCCCCAUCACCGGCAACCCUCACUCACAGCCCCUCCAACCCAAACAAGCAGCUCUGCACAAACACAUGUGACACAGUGAGGCUUAGCUAUUCAUGUGGUACAGUAGGUGUGGCCUGCAGUGUAGUGGUGGUGUUUGUCUGCGUGUGUGUUGUGCCGUGUUAGUGUGAUGGUUGGGUGGGGAUAACUGCUGCUCUGUGGUCACGUUACGGCCAUGCCAUAGCACAUGUUGACAGGCCAGGGAGUCAUGGGUUAAAUCUGUGCAGCUGUCCUGUCUCUGUGUGGCUCUGUGGAUCGGACCCCCCCCCCCCCCCCUCCCACACCACAGGCAGACACAGAUAGGCAACAGACAAGUCCUCCUGGAUCUGUCUCUGGGUCUCUCUCAUGGUACCUCCCUCCAUUCCCUCUCUCUUUCGCUCCAUCCUGUCCACAGCCACCUGUGAGGCGCAGAGACGUAGAUCAGUACAGGACCUCCCAGGGAUCGGCACAGAGUCCAGCCAGGUAAGAGACUCUACAAUCGGACAGGGCCUGGGUUGUCUAGUGUAGCACCGUACAGAAGCCUUUCAGAGGGGGAAAUGCAUGUUAUUCUCAAAGCAUUCUCAAAAGGUGGUAUUCAAUAUAAGCUUCUUCUUUUCUUGCUUUUCAUUUGGUUUGCUUUUAGGGUGGUGUAGUAUCUUCUCUCCCCUCUUUGAAUUGUUUUGCGUUUUGACUGAUCAUGCCCAUCAUGUUUUGCUUCCUCUCAGAGGAUUUGAUACAUGCUCGGUCAAACAAGGUGUCCCAUGGGGGAAAUGCUACAGGAUGUGACGGAGAAUACUGUUUGAUAUGUCACUGUUGAGAAGAUAAAAGAUAUUCCAGGUGUAGGAAGAAUAUUUUCUUUCCCCCCUACGGACAACCUUAAAAUAAGCCCCUACAUCCUUGCAUUCCUAAACGUUGAUUUCCACAGUAUAUUUUGUUAAAAGGCACACAUCUUCCUGUGCAGUGCUAUGUAGUAGCAAAGUUCACAUUGAGUUUAGUAAGAAACUAGACUUUGGACACAGAUUUAUUUUUGUGUUCUUGUCUUAUAGCUUUUGUGAAUUAGGAAAGAUAAUAUUUUGAGCUAGGUUAUCUGUGGAGAUCAACUCAUGAUGAAUUCCCAAUAGUGUGACAGAGAAUUGUGGUUCCUCUGAUUUUCUUACAUGUUUCUCCCUUGCGGGAGUGUGUACAUAACCACAGACAGACUUUAGACCUUGUUUUUCUCCCUUUUUACUUGACCCUUUUUACUUGACACUUGACAAACUAUGCAUUGUUUUACCCCACUGGAAGAGGCUCAGGAUUGCCAUGUGGGAUUCUAUUCCCAUAGUCAUUGUUGACUUUGCUUGAGUAUCAGGUGUUAUAUGCGCCAUGGACAAAAAUAAAAGGGCAAUUUCUUCUAUGAUUGGCUGUAUGAGUGAUUGACAGUGUCGUUGGCCUGUUACAAGGGCUGUAUGAGUGAUUGACAGUGUUGUGGUCCUGUUACAGGUGAGCAGGAACAGCAGCAGGUCCUCCAGUCCCAGUGUGAGGAUGAUGCCGCCUGAUAAGACCAGCAGCAGAGGUUACAGCUUCUCUCCCGAUGACCCCACAGGUAUAAUAGUCUACCUCUUGUCACUCAAACACGCUCAUCUCACUGUCUACAGCUACUUCUACAGAUGGAGCUGGAAGGAGUUUGGUAGAUGUAAAAAAAAAAUUGAUUAGCAAAUUCACUCAUAAUGCCAUUCUUCCAUAAUGUAUUCUCCUAUAUUGAUGCUGGUGCUCAACUUAUUGCUUAAUGUCAGAUCCCAAGACAUUAUAUCCCAUUCCCCUUGUGCUGUUGAUGGAUGAAAAAGUGAAGGUUGGUGUUUAGAACAAGUUUGAUUGAAUGAAGUCAGCAUCUCCAGUUGGUUGUGUCACCCUCUCACAACCCUGAGUGCUGUAAUGGCAUCAAUGUCAUUGUGGAUGGGGGCGUAAAUCACUUGAGCAGGUUCUGCAGACAUUACGUAAUCCUCAUCAAUGAUUUAAGGCGCUGGUCUCCUGUCACACGGUGCCUGAGAGGGGCGGGGACACUGACACGGGUCUAUUUCUGUUGAAGGACUUCUGGUGUCUAUUGAUAACUGUGUCCCUGCCCAGUCGACUCGUCUUGCACCGACUGGGCCUGUGCUGGUGUCACUGUCAGAUCAAAAACAAACACAAGUCUUGCUCUCUCCUGCCCAGAUACCAAUGGCUCAGACAACUCCAUUCCCAUGGCAUAUCUCACUCUGGACCACCAGCUGCAGGUAGGGUUCCAUUUCAUACCGGACCUCCCCCGACCCUGUCCUGCUAAUGUUAAGCAUUAUUUUAUGCUACAAAACAUAUUGAUCCCACUCCCAUCCCAUUCAAGUGUUUGUGUGACCUGUCAAAAUUGGCCUAGAGAUUGGCCAUUUGACAAACUCUUGAUUAUUUUUAUUUUGUAGAUUUACUUUAUUUUGUGUUUUAAUUCAAAUGUUGAGGUUUUCCCCUCUCAACGAUGUUGUCAAGGACACUGCAAAUUGACUAUUAACUCAAUUAGUGCAGGGAUGACUUCUGUUGUCAAAGUGAGAAAAUGACGCUAUCUCAAAAGCGGAAUGUCUUUAUAAAUACCCACUGGCAACGGCGGUGAGACGUUGUGUAUUUUUAAAAGCUCAGACGAUUCUGAGAGCUGAUAGACUGUAUUGCAAAAUGUAUUUCUAACUGGCUAUAAGAUCAAUUAAUGGCAACAUGCAUGGUUUAUUUUCAGCCCCUCGCUCCUUGCCCAAACUCCAAAGAGUCCAUGGCUAUGUUUGAGCAGCACUGUAAAAUGGCCCAGGAGUACCUGAAAGUGCAGACAGAAAUUGCCUUACUGAUCCAGAGAAGGUAAGUAGUGAACCCUUACUGUACCUCUCCAUUUUGUAGGGCAAGCGUUCAGCCACUACCAAAGUGCUGAGGUAAUACACAAUUUGUUCAUUCUGUUCUUUUUAAAAGGGACUGAUGUAGCACUACAGUGUUCAAUGUAAUUAACUCUUGUACUGUAAGCCCUGCUGAAUGUGACCAUACAUCUGUGUGAACCAAGCAGACGAAAAUGUCUCCCCGUGUUAAUGGGUGGGCUGUCUUGUGACUAACAUAACAAGCAGCUCCAUCAGAUGUGAAACUUGGGCGUAUGACUAUGCAGAAGGCCACCCAAAGGCAAUUACUGAAUUUAGAUGACAAAUCCAAGGCAAACGGACCUAUGCUGUGGAAGUCGAGUGUAGUGGAACAACUGGCUGUGUUUGGCUAAAGAACUCAGCUCAUAUUUAUAGACAAUGACUUCAGCGAGAAAACUACCACGUUUGUGGAAUCAGCGUUUUUCUCACAUGACCUAGCCAAUGCUUUGGUGCUCCUUUGCAUCUCUCACCAGCCUCUGUUGUGCUUAUUGUGAUGUGCCCCUGUUAAAGCACAGCUGAGUAAUUCACAAUUAUCGAAAGCCAUAUCUCAGAUUGGCCAAUAAAAAUAAAAGAUUAAGAUGGGCAGUCUGAGAUAUGGCUUUUUCUUUGCAACUCUGCCUAGAAGGUCAGCAUCCCGGAGUCGCCUCUUCACUGUUGAUGUUGAGACUGGUGUUUUGCGGGUACUAUUUAAUGAAGCUGCCAGUUGAGGACCUGUGAGGCGUCUGUUUCUCAAACUAGACACUAAUGUAUUUGUCCUCUUGCUCAGUUGUGCACCGGGGCCUCCCACUCCUCUUUCUAUUCUGGUUAGAGCCAGUUUGCGCUGUUCUGUGAAGGGAGUAGUACACAGCGUUGAACGAGAUCUUCAGUUUCUUGCCAAUUUCUCGCAUGGAAUAGCCUUCAUUUCUCAGAAUAAGAAUAGACUGAUGAGUUUCAGAAGAAAGUUAUUUGUUUCUGGCCAUUUUUAGCCUGUAAUCAAACCUACAAUUGCUGAUGCUCCAGAUACUUAACGAGUCUCAAGAAGGCCAUUGUUAUUGCUUCUUUAAUCAGCACAACAGUUUUCAGCUGUGCUAGCAUAAUUGCAAAAGUGUUUUCUAAUGAUCAAUUAGCCUUUUAAAAUGAUAAGCUUGGAUUAGCAAACACAACGUGCCAUUGGAACAGAAGACUGAUGGUUGCUGAUAAUGGGCCUCUGUACGCCUAUGUAGAUAUUCCAUUCAAAAUCAGCCGUUUCCAGCUACAAUAGCCAUUUACAACAUUAACAAUGUCUACACUGUAUUUCUGAUCAAUUUGAUGUUAUUUUAAUGGACAAAAAAAGUGAUUUUCUUUCGAAAACAAGGACAUUUCUAAGUGACCCCAAUCUUUUGAACGGUAGUGUACAUGCAGUACCAGUCAAAAGUUUGGACACACCUACUCAUUCAAGGGUUUUUCUUUACUUUUUACUAUUUUCUACAUUGUAGAAUAAUAGUGAUGACAUCAAAACUAUGAAAUGACACAUAUGGAAUCAUGUUGUAACCAAAAAAGUGUUAAACAAAUCAAAAUAUAUUUUAUAUUUGAGAUUCUUCAAAUAGCAACCCUUUGCCUUGAUUACAGCUUUGCACACUUUUGGCAUUCUCUCAACCAGCUUCACCUGGAAAGCUGUUCCAACAGUCUUGAAGGAGUUCCCACAUAUGCUGAGCACUUGUUGGCUGCUUUUCCUUCACUCUGCCGUCCAACUCAUCCCAAACCAUCUCAAUUGGGUUGAGGUCGGGGGAUUGUGGAGGCCAGGUCUUCUGAUGCAGCACUCCAUCACUCUCCUUCUUGGUCAUAUAGCCUUUACACAGCCUAGAGGCGUGUUGGGUCAUAAGAAGAAUAGACUUGCUUGGGCCAAGAAACACGAGCAAUGAACAUUAGACCGGCGGAAAUGUGUCAUUUGAUUUUGAGUCCAAAUGUGAGACUUUUGGUUCCAACCACCGUGUCUUUGUGAGAAGCAGUGUGGGUGAACGGAUGAUCUCUGCAUGUGUAUUUCCCACUGUAAAGCAUGGAGGAGGAGGUGUUAUGGUGUGGUGGUGUAAAAUGGUGGUGCUUUGCUGGUGACACUGUCUGUGAUUUAUUUAGAAUUCAAGGCACACUUAACCAGCAUGGCUACAACAGCAUUCUGCAGCGAUACGCCAUCCCAUCUGGUUUGGGCUUAGUGGGACUAUCAUUUGUUUUUCAACAGGACAAUGACCCAACACACCUCCAGGCUGUUUUACCAAGAAGGAGAGUGAUGGAGUGUUGCAUCAGAUGACCUGGCCUCCACAAUCCACAGACCUCAACCCAAUUGAGAUGGUUUGGGAUGACUUGGAUGGCAGAGUGAAGGAAAAGCAGCCAACAAGUGCUCAGCAUAUGUAGGAACUCCUUCAAGACUGUUGGAAAAGCAUUCCAGGUGAAGCUGGUUGAGAGAAUGCCAAGUGUGUGCAAAGCUGUCAUCAAGGCAAAGGGUUGCUAUUUGAAGAAUCUCAAAUAUAAGAUAUAUUUUUAUUUGUUUAACACCUUUUUGGUUACUACAUGAUUCCAUAUGUGUUAUUUAAUAGUUUUGACAUCUUCACUAUUAUUCUACAAUGUAGAAUAUAGCAAAAAUAAAGAAGAACCCUUGAAUGAGUAGGUGUGUCCAAACUUUUGACUGGUACUAAGUUUGGACACCUACUCAUUCAAGGGUUUUUCUUUAUUUUUACUAUUAUGUAUGUAUGUAUGUAUGUAUGUGUGUGUGUGUAUAUAUAUAUAUAUAUAUAUAUAUAUAUAUAUAUAUAUAUAUAUAUAUAAUCACACACACGGUCUGAACACUUUCCGAAUGCACUGUAUGUGUAUAAUAUUUUGUUCUUGCUCUGUCUGUUUGCAUUGUUCACUUUUCUCCUUUGCAAUGUGCUUCUCUUUUUAGUAAUGUUCUUGUUAUCUUAUGUAAGCUGCAGCACUGCAUUUCAGUUUUCCGUAUUGUAAACUGCUAUUGUGGCAGAUAUGUGUGUAAAUAAAACAAAUGUAUAUCUCCAGGAAAGAGUUGAUUGCUGAACUGGACCAAGAUGAGAAGGACCAGCAGAACACGUCCCGCCUGGUCCAGGAGCACAAGAAGCUGCUGGAGGAGAACAAGUCUCUGUCCACCUACUACCAGAAGUGCAAAAAGCAGCUGGAACUGAUCCGUGCCCAGCAACAGAAGAGACAGGGCACCUCAUGA